UGCCAGGACGCGUUGCUGGUAGAGAAAAAGUGUGAAAUCUGUGAAACUAAUCCUUUCUGGACCCGGAAAUCCAGUUUAACUUGUGCAUUUAAACCUUGGCAGCAACUUGAACUCGAAGAUGGCCGAUCAAUACUCCGGCUACGGGGGGCAGGAUUACGGUGGCAACGGUGCCGGCAUGCACUUUUCGGUUCCCCCGCCACCGAUCUCGAGCGCCAACUUUAGCCAACCUCCGCCGUUGGGAGGGGGAGGCGGCGGAGCAGGAGGUGGCUAUGGCGCCCAAAGUGCGCCUGGCGGAGGCUAUGGAGCGCAAAAUGAAUACAAAUCCGGGGGUCGCGAUGGCGGCGGCUAUGGCCAACAGCGCGGAGGCUACGGCAACGGUGCCGGUGCUGGAGGCGCUCGAGGUGGUAACCCAAGCGGUGGCUACAGCAGUGGCGCCGGCAACAAGGGUGGUUUUAAUAGCAAAGGUGACGGAGAAAUGGUCACGCAGGAAGACACCAUCUUCGUGCAGGGCAUGAACCCGGAAACGUCCGAGACGGAAAUUGCCGACUACUUUGGCGCCAUCGGCAUCAUUAAGAAGGACAAGCGCACCAUGAAGCCCAAGAUCUGGAUCUACAAGGACAAAGAGUCGGGCCGCCCGAAGGGCGAGGCCACCGUUACGUACGAGGACGCGAACGCGGCCCAGUCGGCGAUAGGUUGGUUCGACAACAAGGACUUUAACGGCUCGAUGAUUAAGGUUUCGCUGGCCCAGCGGUACAACACCUGGCAGAACAAGGGUGGCCAGCGGGGCGGAUUUAGCCGGGGAGGAGGCGGCGGCGGCGGUGGUGGCUUCGGAAGUCGUGGUGGUGGUGGUGGUGGAGAUCGCGGUGGAUUUGGCGAUCGGGACGGCGGAGACCGCGGAUCGGGCCGGGGAGGCCAGCAGGGAGGUCGAUUUGGAGGUGGUGGUGGUGGUGGAGGCGGCGGCGGCGGCGGUGGUGGCCAGGAACGCGAAGGCGACUGGAUCUGCUCGGAUUGUAGUAACAAAAACUUUGCCUGGCGAAACGAGUGCAAUCGGUGCAAGUCGGCCAAACCGGAAGGAGCUGGAGGUGGUUCCGGUGGCGGUGGAGGCGGAUACGGUGGACGAGGUGGUGGCCGAGGAGGUUUUGGUGGAGGUCGAGGAGGUGGAUUUGGGGGACGAGGGGGUGGUGGAGCCAUGCGGGGAGGUGAUAGAAACCGCGAUCAGCGCCAGAGACCCUACUAAACGAACCUGUGCGACUGUGUUUUACAUUACAAACUUUAUCUUUAAGUUGAGCUGUAGUCACUAAGAAUCACCCCACUCACAUCAUCAACCCGAAUCAACUUUCCAAACUUGAGUUUUUCGAUGUCGUACAGCGAUGUAAUGGGUGCAUGACCCAAAACCAAUUGACGAAGAAAUAAUUUGAUUACAAUUGAAUCAAACAACAAACCUCCCAAAACACUCACAAACACUUGGUAUUUGAACGCUGGCAUAAGCAUUGGUAAGUAUUCGUCUCCAGCCGGCGCUCGAGGCCUGGAUGAAAACGGUAUGUAUCGUAUGGAAAAAUGUAAAAACAAGAGACAAACCUACAAUGGUCAGCGGAAAAUAAAUACAAUUCAUGUACCGUAUCGGUA